AGCGCUCAAGCCUCCCUCUCCAUCUGACUUUCUGGACAAACUGAUGGGGCGAACAUCUGGCUACGACGCUCGCAUCAGACCCAAUUUCAAAGGUAAAUGCGCUGCGGUGUGAGCAGCCCGUUUUCCGAAGCGAUCUGAGCAGCCAAGGAGCACAAAUCACUCACAGACGAACAAGAGUGGGGCGAUUUCUGCAGGCGAGGAUGUUUUCUCCUUAAUCAUGGCUUGUGACUGUUCUCCCCGCUGACCCACAGCCUUGAGUUAGGAUUCUCUUUUCUUUUCCAUCACGUUUUUAUUCUGACACAAGUGUGCAGUCAUCCUUGCAUGUUACCCCAGAGGCCUAUUUCAGUCCAGUCCUGAGCAGCGCCUGUGAGUGAAGCCAGCAGAUUCCCUCUGACAUGCUUCGCCUUUAGCCUCCAGGGUCGAGAUUCAUAUUUAUUUCAUGCUUGCUCCGCGUCCCCCGUCAGUGCAUGCUGGGUAAAUCUCCCGCCGAUUAGCUAUAAAUACACUAAUGUAACUAAAGCAGAAUCAAUAAAUUAUUGCAUCUGGAAAAGAGCGGUUGAAAUAUUUAUCCCGUCAGAAGGCCGCAGAUAACGGGAGUGUACCAGGAAUGACAACAUAAUAAGAUGUGCCUGUUUAGUCCCGUAACAUGGCCCCGACGUGGAGGUAACAAGCAGAUGUUACUUUGGAGGAAAGCUAUGCUUCCUUGUUGGUCCCGGUCCUCCUGUCAACGUCACCUGCAACAUCUUCAUCAACAGCUUUGGAUCCAUCACUGAAACCACCAUGCAGUGGAAUGACCCCCGACUUGCCUAUAAGGAGUAUCCAGACGACUCUCUGGACUUAGACCCCUCAAUGCUGGACUCCAUCUGGAAACCCGAUCUGUUCUUUGCAAACGAAAAGGGAGCAAACUUCCACGAGGUUACGACCGACAACAAACUGCUCCGGAUAUUCCAGAAUGGAAACGUCCUCUACAGCAUCAGGCUGACGCUCACUCUCUCCUGCCCCAUGGAUCUGAAGAACUUCCCCAUGGAUAGCCAGACAUGCAUAAUGCAACUGGAGAGCUGUGAGUUCAUCCUUCAUGGCAGGCAAAGCCAGAAAUUGUGUGUAGAUUUGGUCAGUGAACUUGUUGCUCACUGUGCAGCUUCUCUGUGUUUCCUAGUUGGCUACACCAUGAACGACCUUAUUUUCGAGUGGCUGGACGUCGGAGCGGUGCAGGUGGCCGACGAUCUGACGCUCCCCCAGUUUUUGCUGAAAGAGGAGAAAGGUCUUGGUUACUGUACCAAGAACUACAACACAGGUAAAUUCACCUGCAUAGAGGUUAAAUUCUACCUGGAGCGUCAAAUGGGCUACUACCUGAUCCAGAUGUACAUACCGAGCCUGCUCACUGUCAUCCUGUCCUGGGUGUCCUUCUGGAUCAACAUGGACGCCGCGCCGGCCAGAGUGGGCCUGGGGAUCACCACGGUGCUCACCAUGACGACACAAAGCUCAGGCUCCAGAGCCUCUCUGCCAAAGGUGUCUUACGUCAAAGCUAUAGACAUCUGGAUGGCCGUGUGUCUCCUCUUCGUGUUUGCCGCGCUGCUGGAGUACGCAGCUGUUAACUUCGUUUCACGCCAGCACAAGGAGUUCUUCAGACUCAGGAAGAAGCUUAAAGAGCAGCAGCGGCAGCAGCAGCGGCAGCAGCAGAGAGCUCAGGGAAGCAGUGACGGUAAGGGGAAGGGAAACACCACGCCAGGAAACAAUGCCGCUCACGGGAGCGCAACCCAGCGGUGCAGUGCCUGUGCCAGGGAAGAGGAGCUGGCGCAGCAGGGGUUUCUCCUCCAGAGCAUUGGACUCUCCCUGUCCAGCGCCCCGGAAAUGGACGCAACGCCGGUCUUCGCCGACUUGCCUCCCGGUUUAGGCUUUUAUGAAAUCCGGCGGCGUUUCGUGGAGCGGGCGAAGAGGAUCGACACCAUCUCCAGAGCCGUGUUCCCCAUGAGCUUCCUCAUGUUUAACGUGCUCUACUGGCUCACCUACAAAGUUCUACGGCACGAGGACCUCCAGUUCACUCUUUGACCACCGUGAUCACGCCCGGGACCUUUGAACGUGAAACGUUUUCAGACUGAGCGGCCUUUAUUGGGCCACGCAGAGGAUGUCGGACUGCAUGUGCAGUACCACUUAAAAAUUCUAUCAUAAAACAAAUUAUGUGGGUUUUUCUUUUUAUUUUAUUUCUUUUGAUGAAAUUUGCUCUUAAUUUGCACUUUGUAAGCAUUGCAUAUCAGAUUACAGUGUGUGUUUAACCUUCCUCUAUCACUUGUGUUUGGAUGCUGUAAAAUCAGGUCAGUACAUUUUACAGUGCACUUAUUCACCUCAAGGGCCCUCCACACUUGCUGGCACCCCUGGUAAAUGUGUGCAAAAGCAAUAAAAUUCACAUUUUAUUACAGUAGCAUAAUCUAACUCAUGUUUUAUUAGAAAUCCAAUCUUUAAUGUAAGAUCAAAAAAUAUCUCAAGCUGCAAAUUCUUCACACAAACAAAUGCUUUAGGGUUUGGCACAAAACAAAGGAUGAAUAUUGGGAAAAGCACUUCAUAUCCACUGUUGGGUACGGUGGAGGGUAAGUAAUGCUGUGGUAGAUUUCUCUAAUGAAGACUAAGACUAUGGCUGCAGGGCUGACAAUAAGUGUAACAUCAACCACUUUGUUCAAAAUACGUUUAACACAACUUCACAUCAUGUCUUUAUGUAGAACUUUUUUCAUCCACUCAAUAGAUCCACUUGAAGGUUUGAUUUUUUUUUUACAUUAUGUGAAGCUAUGCUGCAAUAGCAGAAUACAUUUUAAGGUUUAUUAAACAUCAUCCACAGGAUUGCCAGUAUUGGUGUGAAAUUAUGUUUUGCCACUCAGUCAUAAAACUUAUAGAGAGCAUUUAUAUUAGGUUCACUUCUGCAGCUGUGCUGGUAUGGGCCUGGGAAUUUUGACAUAUGUGAAAUACCUUAUUUGUUGAAAUGAUUUGCUUUUUAAAUGUUUGACCAAUUUAUUACGGAUAAUGUAUCAGUUGCAAAACUAAACCCUAACAGGAACUUUAUCUUUAUUAAAGACAAAAGUAUACAUGUCUCUUUUAUAAAUAAAUAUGCACCCA